AUGCGCCCUUCCCACCACCAUGCUCAUUCCAACUCAGCCUCUCAGUCCUUCCCCCGCCAUUCCAUCCUCCCCUCAGCAACAACAACAAACCCCUCUAGCGGCCCCUCAUCUAUGUCCGCCGCCAAAACGUGCCAGUACGCAAACCUGCAGACGCAGCUGGCACAGCUGAAUGCAAACCUAGCCGACACGGAGAAUUUGUUGCGCAUGACGGCCGUGCAGGCGGAGGAUAUGCGGUUUCUGGGCGGGUAUGUGGGCGCCCUCUUCAUGGGGUCUGCAAAGGUACUCGGCGAGGAGGGGGUUAAGGGGGCAAGUAAUGAACAGGAGAAGGGGAAAGGGAAAGAGAAGGCUCAGGAUGAGGAUGAAGAUGAGGAGGGCGAGCAGUAG